UCGAAUGACAGGCGGCGGGGUCAAUCCGUCUAUUGCAAUGGCAGCUUACUAAUUGAAACAAUUUAUACGAAAUAAAUGUGUUUUUCGAGUAAUUUUAUGUUUUUGCCGUGUCCCAGUGUAAAAAUGUGGUUAUCUAGUAUUGUUUAAUCUAUUUACAUGCGUGUUUUAUGUGCGCAUCAGCAGAUAAAAUGUAUAAUCAGUAUACGAUAGGAGCCAUUUUUAUUAUAUUUAUUUUGUGCGUUCAUUGUGAUAAUGCCGUUAAUAACAACGAAGUUAAGGAAAUUUAUGUACCGUCCGCACCGCAGAAUCUCGUGACGUACCUGGUGACAUCCAACGAGAUCCUACUGUCAUGGGCCCCGCCACUGACCUACACGGUCGCCCUCUACUCAAGCCCGGAGAAGGAGCCCACUACCACAACUGCACCACCCAAAAAACAAGAACCACAAUCUGACGAACCAAUCAAUGACGUAAUCGAAGAACCGUCAGACUCAAUAGCGCCGGAGAAACUCAAAGAAGAUUACUCCUCUUACUGGAUCAACGAUAAGAAGAAUUUGAAUGACGAAUACCCACCAGAUUUGGACAGCUAUAGAAGUAAAAGAGAAGUCAGGUCGCACAGACACAGAAAGAGACGGCAAGAUGCGAACAAUACCGAGGCGAAGCAUCUUGAGAACGAGGAAUAUAUGGAGACGCAUUCGGUUUACAAUUAUCCUAUUGAAGUAGUGAAGAAAUCUGGUACAAAACAGUUGAAAGAUACAACGCAGUACGCUUAUGUUUUGUAUUAUGAGCAGGGUGUAGCUAGGUUUGAUACUGUCAAUGUGUCAGGGGUACAGACUUCGGAUCAAGUGAAGAGGCAGAAUGUGUUUUCGAGUGAUCUGGGCAUGGAGGGAUACUCCAGGUCCACUAAGAAUCUGACCCUGUUGAAUACUUCGGGCAAAGUGACCAAAGUCGUCGGUUUUCGGUUGAAGAAUUUAAAACCUUUUACGCCAUACAAAAUCUGGGUCCGCGCGUUCUUCAACACGGAAGGAGUGCUGUCUUCGGAUCUCCAUUCGCGACUCAGCAACAAGUCUGAACCUCUUUACGUGCUGACUGACGUCGUGCCACCUUCAGCACCCAAUAUCUUGGACAUCAAGUGCGAUUUGGACAAACGUAACCUAUACCUCCAAUGGCGCCAACCAGCGGAGUACAACAACUCCCUGGACCAGUACGUGGUCACCGUCAGGAAGAUACCAGACCUACAGCCUCGGACUAGACUCACUCUGCCUACAAACAAGAACGAUAUCGAGACUACUAUCAGUGUGGAGGUGGACACUUGGAACAACACGAGUUACGAGGUCAAGAUGUACGCCGCCACGAAAUCAGUCGCCAGGGCGCAUACCGUCAUCAACGGGUCAGAGUCACCUCCUAAGGAGGUGUCAAGUGAAUGGUGUUCCACCCACUCGGAAGCCAUGUCUCCACCCAGCGAACAAGGCGCCCGUUCUGGCGGAGUUAGCACGGCCGCUUUGCUUGCGGUCGCGCUGAUUCCCAUACUGGCCGCUUUGCUUCUGGCGCUUGUCUAUUGGAGGUGUAGAUCUCGACUAAGCAAGUGCAUCAGCGCCGCUUACAAUUACCUGGAGGAGGGCGGAGAGAGGGCUGCCAGGGCGCCGCUGAACGCUUACAAGAAACCUGUAGCGGCGUGCUCCCCCGUGCGCGCGGCGAGCAGCGGCGCCGGCAGCGAGGCGGAGGCGGUGUCCUCCCCCGCGCCGCCCCCCCGCAUGGCCUCCCCCCACCACCCCGCCGUGCCCGCCGCCGCCUUCCCGCGACACGUGGCCGCGCUGCACGCCGACGGCGACAUCGGCUUCAGCAAAGAAUACGAGAUAGUGGUGACGAAGUCUGCGGCGCUGGGUCACACCAGCCACCACAGCCACCGCCCAGAGAACAGACAGAAGAACCGCUACCUCAAUAUUACUGCUUACGACCACUCGCGCGUGUGCGUGUCGGCGGGCGGGCGCUGCGGCGCGGCGGGCUGCGCGGGCGCGGGCGGCGCGGGCGGCGCGCGCUGCGACUACGUCAACGCCAACUUCAUCGACGGCAUGCGCCCGCGCCUCACGCGCCGCGCGCUCGCGAGGCUGCGCCGCAAGCUGGACCGGCGCGCCAGGCCGCACAGGCAACCCUCAGUGAAACCGGCGAAGCCCCCGCCGAACCUCGCGGAAGGCAUAGAGUCAGCGUUCCUCAACAUAGAGUUCUCCGGCAUAGUGGAGUCUGACGCCGAGCAGAACGACUCUGACAGCGAGCCGAGUGACGACGAUAGCGAGCUGGACAAUGUUUAUGUGGAUAUAGAUGGCGUUCCAACCCAAGUGAAACUAGAGUGGCUAGUGUGGCGUCGGCGGUAUAUCGCCACUCAAGGUCCCACGCCGGCAACACUGGACGCUUUCUGGCGAAUGAUAUGGCAACAUCGGGUGCACACCAUCGUGAUGAUUACCAACCUCGUCGAGAGAGGCAGGCGUAAAUGCGACAUGUACUGGCCUGGUGGGGGUCGUGGAAGCUCUUCGGAAUACGGCGGCGUCCACGUCACGUUGUUGCAUGAAGAUGUUAGGGCCGCUUAUACUGUGAGGCAUAUGAGAGUGAAGAGCGGCAACAAGGCGCCGCCUGUUGAUGAUGGCGAUAAGGACAGCGAAUCGUCCCAGACAUCGGACACGGCGCCGGACGGGUCCCGCACGGUGGUGCAGUACCACUACACGGUGUGGCCCGACCACGGCACCCCGCGCCACCCGCUGUGCGUGCUGCCGUUCGUGAAGGCGGCGCAGGCGGACCCUGGGACCGUGCUGGUGCAUUGCAGCGCGGGAGUCGGCCGCACGGGUACCUACAUAGUUCUAGACGCGCAGCUCAACCAGCUCAAACUGACCGGGACCCUAUCCCCACUUGGGUUCCUCUGCCGAGCGCGAACCCAAAGGAACCACUUAGUCCAAACCGAGGAGCAGUACGUGUUCGUCCACGACGCCUUACUGGAACACGUGCGGUCAGGAGAAACCGACGUGGAGUUCCACAAAGCGAGAGAAUAUUUAGCCAAACUGCUCGAGCCAAUCAGCGAGGAGGAAUUGGCCGUUCUAGAUUUAAAUUCCAAAUCCAAAAGCGUUCAAGAUCUGACCAAUGGCGACAAUGAAACAACAAGCGUCAAGUCUAGUCCGAUAGAAUGCAGCGAGAAGGAGGUAGUUGAGAAUGGUAGUCAGAUGUCUAUAAAGACUGAUGAGUUGAACAGUGAGCAGAGUAAGUCCCAGUCUUCAGCGAGGGACCUGGACGGGGACGAGUCGAAGGAGGGGAUGAUGAACGGGGACGAGGGGGAGGGGGUGUACGAUUUGGCUCCGAGGUCGACGGACACGUAUAGUAAGAAGAUGCAAGCGUAUAAUAAUAUGAGCGAAGUUGAGAAGGAGGAAAUGAGGAGAGUGAACCGAGCUGAGAAUUUCGCUGUAUUGGAGCGCAUGCGCUCGCUCGCCCGCAGGCACCACACGUACCAGGGCCCGCCGCCGGCCACUCUGCUGGAGAAGCAGUUCCAGUUGAUAACCCGAUCGUGUGUGGAGCCCAGCGUUUGCGCGCGGGCCGUCCAUAAUGCUGACAAGAACCGCCCUGGAGGCAUCCUGCCUUCAGACUCCGCCAGGGUCAUGCUGGUUCCCAAGCCGGGAGUCGAAGGCAGCGAAUACGUGAACGCGUCCUGGGUUUGCGGCCGGCGUCGACUCCGGGAGUACGCCGUGGCCCAGCAUCCCUCGGGAGGGGGUCACGAGCUGUGGCGGCUGCUGUGGGACCACACCGCCCAGCUCGUGCUGCUGCUGUCCGACACCAGCGACCCGGAGUGCGAGGUGUUCUGGCCGACAGAAGACGAACGAGAGCUAUACGUGGCUAACUUCAGAGCGAGUUUCGUGUCCAAAGAUAUUUACGUAGCCCACCGGAAGUCUGACCAGAAAACGCCAGCGGAAUCCCCUAUAGAGCCAGAGACAAACGGCUACAGACGGCAAGAGAGCGAUUGCGCGGACGACGAGAGAUUAAUACCGGAUAAUAUAUCACCGAUCCCAGAAACCGAACCGGCUUACCGAUUCGACAGAACGGAACUGAGACUAGAAAGACUGAGCGGCAAUCGCGAUUUGUCGACGAGGAAAUCGAUAGCGAACGGCGAUCUAUUCUCGUCACUCGCCGACAAGAAAAAUGGUCCUAAAUCGCCUAAGAGUCCGUCGAAAAUGUCGCUGAAAAACUUCAAAUUGAGUUCUCCGACGAAGUUUAAAUUCCCCGAUUGGGGUCAUCGCACUGCUGGUUCCCCUCCAGACACGGCCCCGCCCCCUCCCCCAGUGGCGCCAUCUUUGUCCGUUGAAGAGGAAGCGGAACUACGCCGACCGUGUUAUAGAUUCGAAAAGGUCGACAGUGUUCCCGACAGUAUACCUUCAGAUAGAAUUAUCGAAGUUACAAAUGUUAGUGUCCAUUCACUUCAAGACGAUUAUCAAUUGAGUGUUAAGUUUAUAAAGUGCGCGGGUUGGCUCGAAGGGGAUACUACUGAGUACGAGGCGGGUAGGCCUGAUGAUAACGAGUUUGUGAGGGCAGUGAGACAGGCUGCGGACGAGAGUGAGAGGGAAGAGGCGCUGGACAGGCUCACUCACCCGUACAGAGACUCGUUCGCGCUGAUUGAGUUUGUCGCUGGCUGUCAGAUGGAGUACAAGAAUGGACCGGUCGUUGUCGUUGACAAGUACGGCGGCUGGAAAGCGAUGAACUUCUGCACGCUCAGCUCGGCCUGCGGCGGCGCCCGAGACCCGCACACGUACGACCCGCAGGCCGCCUUCCGGCAGCCCUGCGACAGCCGCGCCUCGCUCUACUGCAGCAGCGCGCUCGCGGCGCACGCGCGCUGCGGCACCGAGCAGCGGCCGCACUCGCUGCCCGCGCUGCUGGCCGCGUACUGCGCGCUAGCUCGCUACACGGCGCUGCUGGCCGCUCGCAGGUGAGACACAGUGACACACGGCGCCUCGC